UACAAUGUAAACAGUGAACAUUUGACAGCUAGCUAAGGGGAUAUAGGCGAGGAUCAAACCACUGGACUUGUCGUGCAAACUUACACCAAAAUAAUAAAAUGUGAUUGUUUCUACGGAAGCUUAUCAAAGUUUAAGUUUUAAAGCAGCCCAAAGUUUGUUAUCUUGGAUAAUACGAGUUCAAAAAAAGCCUUCGUAAACUCUAAAAGGCGGAUUUGUUGAGUUUGACGUAGCGAGCGAUGUAUGGUCGGCGGAGGCCGUCCCUGUCAAAGCUAUGGGUGGGGUCGGCGCUGCUUCUGGACGUCGGAUAUAUGCUGCAUGUGGUCGGGAUCAGCACCACUUGGUGGACAACGAGGCACGACAUCCAGGAGCGCAUUGGGUCCGGCCUGUGGGACAUUGGUCUAUAUCAAAAUCUAGGUUGGUUGACGGCGACCAGGGUCCUGGAGGCGACGGGUCUGGCUUUCGCCCUAUUGGCGCUGCUAGUCGUGGUUUUCCUGGUCUGUCUCCCAAGAUACUUCCACUGGUCCUUAAGGCUCUUCGCGGUUUUCGCCUCAGUGAUAGCGGGUAUUCUCGUUCUGGCCGGUAUAGGUGUUUACGCCGACAAGGUCCGCCAUGAUUUUCACUACUCGUUCGCCCUUAGCUGCACAGCAGGCCUGCUGUUUAUCAUCACCGGAAGUCUGCUCGCUGUGGACACAUGCCUCAUCCAUCGGCACAACUCCAGGCCUCAUACUCAGGGACACCAUCGUCAGAGUGAAUAUCCAUACAACAGCCCCUUCGUUCUCUCAGACUUCGGUCACCCAUCCAACCAUGGCGGGCACGAAUCAGCCGGAUACGGUCACAUGUCCUAUGGUGACCAGUGGUCGGGAGAUAGGCGUGCAUAUGACAACACUGGGUUUGAUCCUGGUGGUCAUUACUCACAUCACAGUCACCCUCCAUCGCCACGUGAAAAUGAUCAGAACUAUUUGGAGUGGCGGAAAAGACACGAUCUCAUGUAUUCGUAACACAAUCGCAUAAUAUAUUGUUUAAAUGUGAUCUAAUAGCAAGUGUAUAAAGUGUUUCACGCCUUUGAAUAUAUUACUGUGCUGUCUGUAAGAUAUUGCUGAUGCAAAACACCAUACACUUGAAAUGGUUAUUUGUGUGCUGUUCUUAAACGUAGGAGUUAACGCAUGUCAGGUUGUACUUCCGGUAGCAAGUUGGUUCCCCUGGUCCGGUGGGAGUCCACGGUUAUCCAGCAUAAUCUUGCGGAGGAGUUUCUGUAUGCGGCCUAUGGCGCUUUUUUCCAUUGGGGUGGUUGACUUCGCAAGCUUCCGGAGAGCCUCUUUAUACAGCUUGUUGGCUUCGAUCAGCUCCCUGUGUCGCGGAACAACCGGCGUGUAUAGAGAUAUAAAAUGAAUGCACAAACAUUAUUGUGUACAUAUUGCUUACACACUGUCACUUUAAUUUAUGUAACACAUUUAUUUAUUUUUAAUUAUUAAUUAUUUUAUGAACAGCAUGAUUUAUCUAUAACAUGUACAGUUUGAUUGGUUAAGUCGGCUUUAAAAGCUCUUCAGAGUUUGUGUUACAUGUUGUAAAACCGGCUUUAUGAUUAAAUAUUAAUUUGA